AUGGAGAAGUACAGGAAAAAAUUUAUUGGUUUGCUAGAUAAGGCAGUAGCAGCUGCCAACUCCAUGCGUCCUGAUGAACUGCUUUUCUCUUACAAGGGAAUUCUCUAUCCUACCACUGUUUGCAGUCCAGAAACUUUCAAAGCCUUGGAGUCCUUUGAAGCCAGAAGGAAUGAUGUAAUUUUGGCAGGAUAUCCUAAAUCCGGCACAAACUGGCUAAGCCAAAUCUUAACAGAUCUAAUAGCCAUAUCUCAAAAGAAAACACCAGGUAGUGAAAGCAGUGUGAAUGCUGAAGAAGCAGAAGAUCCAUACUUGGAAAUUGGAGAUGCUGAAAAAUAUGAGCGAAUGACCAAAUUACCGUCUCCAAGAUUUAUGGUUACUCAUCUCCGUCCUGAAAAUCUUCCCAAAUCUAUCUUCAAAAGCAAAGCCAAGAUGUUGUUACUAAUUCGUAAUCCAAAAGAUGUUGCUACUUCCUAUUACCAUUUUUCCAAUGGCCUGGCUCUUCCCUCCUAUGAGACCUGGGAUGAUUUCUUCACAGAUUUCAUGACAAAGAAAAUGGCCUGGGGAUGCUACCUUGAAUACCUUUCUGAAUGGAACAAAUAUGCUGACAAAGAAAAUAUUAUGACAAUAACUUAUGAAGAGGUAAAAGAGAAUCCUGCCCUCAGUGUGAAAAACAUAGCUACAUUCUUUGGAAUUCCUCUGACUGAGGAACAACUCCAGCUGGUGGUAGAGAGGAGCAGCUUCCAGUCUAUGAAGAAAAACUCUGACAAGACACAUGGAUCAUUUGGCAAUAUUUUCUUUCGCAAAGGUGGUGUAAGUGACUGGAAGAAUCUUUUCAAUGAAGAUCAGAGUAAGAGAAUGGACAAAGCAUUUGAAGAACAUAUAGCAGGAACGAAACUUGGGAAAAAGUUGAAGUAUGACUUGUACUGCAAAGCCUGA